ACUCAUACGUAAAACUAAAGAGCUCAAACUUUGUAGCUAUAUAGUACUAAGCAUGCACAACAACCUUUGAAAGUUUCAAGAAAUUUGCUUUUGUUGAUGCGAGAAUGAUGAAUUACAAAAUAGUUCCAGAACUUCUGGCACACCCUUUGCGUUUUAUACUCAAUGUUUUAAUUCAGGUAAGAGUGACUCAAUAUUAGUUGGUGAUGACUCACCUCAAACAUUAGUUGAAAUUUCGAAAACAUUAUUUUUAUCAGCUAAAAAUGAUAUACAUAAAUCUGUAGCAAUGGCUGAAUGUGUUGUUUUUACACGUCGUUGGCAUUAA